AUGAAAGCAACGGUAUAUAUUUAUAUUUUUACUACUAUUACUUUUAUAUUAAUAAUUUGUCUUUGGCUUAUUUACCGAAAUUUAUCUUAUAACAAAAAUAAAAUAAUAGUAAGCAAUGAUAUUAUUUUUGAAGAUACUCAUAUUGAUUACAAAAGAGAUAUUUUAAAAGACCAAUAUGCCCCAUGGGAAUUUCCAAUUAAAUAUUUUGUCCAAUCUCCUGUCUCAACCGAUAAUGUAGAAAAAGCAAUAAAAGAAAUAACAGAUAAUACUUGUGUUAAAUUUGAAAAAAAAAACAGUUUAAGUUUAAAUGAAAAAGGAUUAGUGUUUUACAAAGAUACAGUAUGUUCUUCAAAUGUUGGACAAUUAAGCACAAAAACCUAUCAAGUUAUUAAGCUAACACCAGCCUGUUACAAUAAUCCGUUUCUUAUUUUACAUGAAAUAGGACAUGCUUUAGGAUUAGUUCACGAACAUACAAGAAAAGAUAGAGAUAAAUACGUUACAAUUCACUAUAAUAAUAUGUAUAGUAGUGAAAAUGUAAACUUUAAAAUACAUAAAUUUAAUGCUUAUAAAAGUUACUCAACUUCCUACGAUUUUUCUUCAUUGAUGCAUUAUGGUCCAUAUACUUUUUCUACUGUUUUUAGUUAUGUUUUUGGUUAUAAAACUAUAGAAUCAAAAUUGGAGCGAGAAUAUGAUUUAAUGAUGGGACAAAGUAAAAAAAUGACUUUUAAUGAAUUUAAGCAAAUUAAUUUAUGUUAUUGCAAUUGGUGUAACUGGGUUAACAAUGAAACUGGUAGAAGAACACAACAAACAGGUACUACUGCUUUAUGCAAAAAUGGUGGUUAUCCAGAUUUUAACAAUUGUAGUAGAUGUAUUUGCCCUACUGGUUACACAGGAGAUUUAUGUGAUAAGAUAAUUGAAAGUGAUGAAAAUUGUGGUCCAACUUCUUUUUAUGUUAAUGAAACUGGAAUUCCUAUAAUACUAAAAGGACAAAUGAAUUGUUAUUUUUUUUUUCUAGCCGAAAAAGCUAAAAAAAUUACACUUCAAAUAACUUAUGUCAAUGCGCCAUAUAAUGGAUAUAUUUGUACUGAAGACAUUGCUUAUCAAGUUAAAUAUAGAAAAGACAAAGGUGCUACUGGUUUGCUUUUAUGUGGUCAUCAUUCGAGAGUUAUAACACUAACAUCUGAAACAAAUUCUAUCCUUUUAUUUUAUAAAGGAAUUUCCGAUUUUAGUUUCAUGCAUUUUGUUUUUCAACAAGCAAAUUAA